UACAAGCAAUUAAUUUUAUAAUUAUUAUUGUUUUUGUUUAAAUUUAUAAAAAAAAUAACGAAAUAUUUAAAGUAGAAUUUUAUAAAAACAGAAAAUGUUUUUGAAAUUUUUAUGUCUGUUAUUCUCACUAUCAAUUUCAUUCAAUAUCAGCUGUGGGGAAAUACCCAACGAUGGCAAAUUACGCGUUUGCAUUGUUGAAUCGCGAGGACACUAUCGUAAGGCACCUCAAUUCUGUCCCCAGCUGGAAGCUACCAGCAAUAUGGAAUGUGUAGUGGGUGUGGAUCGUUUAGAUUGUGUAAGACGUAUACACAAAGGUACAGCGCAUUUUGGAGUGCUAUCCUCCGAGGAUUUAGUAGCGGCACGAUGGGCUAGUGUCGAGAUAUUGGUGACUAGUGAGUUAAGAUCUCACGAUACACCAUUCGAGUAUGAGGUGGUAGCUGUGGUAGAUAAUGAAGCUGAUAUUCACACCGUGCAUGAUCUGAGGGGUGCGAAGUUAUGUCAUCCGGGUUAUGGUUUAAAAAAUCACUGGACCGAUGUAUUAGCUAAUUACUUCGAGUCCACUAUGGUGGCUAAAUCGUGUGAUCCUGAAAUGUCUAUUAAUGAAGAUCGUAUUAGAGCUUCGGCACGUUUCUUUGGUCCCAGCUGUAAGGCUGGACCUUGGGUGCCAAAUCCUAAACAGGAUCGCCAAUUAAAAGAUCGUUAUCCUUCGUUGUGUCAAAUGUGCUAUGAUCCCUAUAGAUGUGAUAUUGGUGAUAAACAUUGGGGUAGAAGAGGAGCCUUGUACUGUCUAACUAGUGGUGGCGGUAGUGUAGCCUGGGCUCGUUUAGAUGAUGUGAGAAGUCAUUUUGGCUUAUCCGGUUUAUUGGCUCAAGCUAAUCCCAGUGAAUAUAGUUACUUAUGUGCUGAUGGCCAUUUACAACCCAUUAACACCACUAGACCCUGUGUUUGGGUAGCCAAACCUUGGCCGGUUAUAGCUGCCCGUCGUUCCCAUGCAGCUCAGGUGCAACGUCUAGUGACAGGCAUUAAUCAUGACAAUCCUUCCAGUUGGCAAAAUGCUCUUUUGAGUUUAUUGGAAAAUUUCCAUGUUGACAUUAAUCCCCUGGACAAUGUUAUACCCAUUGAUGAUUAUUUAGAUCAGGCUACCGGUUUUCAAAGUGCCUACAGUUUCCCAGAAUGUAAUCCUCCCCGUUCGAUUGUUUUCUGUACCACCUCUGUUAUAGAACAUAUCAAGUGUUCUUGGUUGCAGGAAGCUUCUCAAGUUUAUGGUGUCCAACCCAAUAUACAAUGCAUUAGAUCAGCUACUCUAGACACUUGUAUGGAUGAUAUUAAAUAUAAAGCUGCCGAUGUGGUCUUGCUCGGUAAUGAGCAGCGUUUGAAAGCUCAACGGGAAUAUAAGUUGAAACCUAUACUUUUUGAAUUCUCACAAAAUAUGCAUGAUCUUUAUGCCACUAUAGCUGUGGUUCACAAGGACUCAAAAUUCACCACAUUCCAAGACUUAGAGGGAGCCAAGGCCUGUUUACCUUCGUAUGAGGGACCUGCCUAUCUCUCAGUAUUAGAAACUAUACACAAUAAAACAGGUCAACGCAUUGCUCCACACAAAUAUUUCUCACGUCACUCCUGCUUAUGGCAUGGUGGUAAAACCUGUUCUGAUGUUUUUAGAGGUGAUGAGGGUGCUUUGAGAUGUUUAGCCCAAGAGGGAGAAGUGGCCUUUAUAAGCUCCGAUGUCUUUAAGAAAUAUAUAUCAGGCAACUUGACUUCUCCUUGGGUAAAACAAACGAGUCACAAAUCCUUUAAAAUAUUAUGUCCCUAUGGUGCCAACGAAAGACAUUCGAAAUUUGAAUUCUGCUACAUGCACUGGACCACACGUGGCUAUAUAAUGACUCAUGAUGGUCCUCUUGCAAGACAAAAUGAAAUUUUCAAUUCUUUGCGAGAAAUUGAUGGUCUCUUUGGUAAAAAAUUCAAAGAUGAUGUUAGACCUUUCACCAUGUACGGAGUAUUCGAUCGUCAAAAUAAUAUCAUAUUCCGUGAUCAAACCGAUGAAUUGCGUGGCCUACAGCAAAUGCAGAGUGAUAUUAAUCCUCGUAACAUGGAGGAUAUCUAUGAAGAUUAUGUAGCAGGAAAAUACAAAAAUGCCAUCGACAGUGGCGUUAGCAAGUUAUCGGCUUCAAAUUGCAGUUUAUGGAUAAGUGUUCUAUUGAUAUUGCAUACUCUAAGGCGCGUGAUUGUUUAUUGAUUUUUAAAGUUUUGUUUAAUACCAAUUUGCUCAUAGUAGUCAUAUAAGACUUUAUUUAAAUUAAUUAUUUAUUGUGAUAUUAUAAUAUAAGUUAAGUUGUGUAGAAGCAAGGCUUGGAGUAGAUUUGUGCUGAGGAGGAAGAUUUAAAAAGAUCAAUGAAUGAUCUUGCUUUUAGUGUUAAUAAUUAUUUAAGUUUUAAUAUUGAAAUAAAUAAAUAUCGAAUAUAAUAUGUAUUUUGCACGAAAGAAA